AUGAUGGCCCUGACCGUGCUCUUUGGCCUCCUGGCCUCCACUGCUCUCGGCCAGUCGUGCUGGAGGGACACCACCUGCAGCGCCGUCUCCGAAGCUGCGUUCCCGGGGGAGUGGGACGCCAACAACUUCGCCCCAGAAUCAAGGACCGUCUCUCCCAGGUCCGUGUUGUCGGCCGCCGAUGGCAGCAUCAUCUCGUCCUGGAACGGGUCGGCCCACCUGGCCACCAAUGGGUCUAAACUCGUCUUUGACUUUGGCAUUGAGGUCGGCGGGAUCGUGACGCUCAAGUACACCCCUUCGUCAUCGGGAGCCGGCAGUGGUGCGGUUGGACUGGCCUUUACGGAGGCCAAGAAUUGGAUAGGAGAAUGGUCCGACUCUUCCAAUGGCAAGUUCGUCGGUCCGGACGGGGCCAUCUACUCCAACUUCACCGGCGCAGAGGCGGUCACUUACACCAUGCCCGACGAGAAACUGCGCGGAGGCUUCCGCUACCUCACCCUGUUCCUGAUAUCCGAGUCUGCAUCGGUGGAUAUCUCCUCCAUCGAGCUCGAGAUCGGCUUCCAGCCAACGUGGUCCAACCUCAGGGCGUACCAAGGCUACUUCCACAGCUCGGACGACACCUUGAAUAAGAUCUGGUACAGCGGGGCGUACACGCUCCAGACCAACGCUGUGCCCGUCAACACCGGCCGCUGGGUCCCCUUCGUCAACACAAGCUGGGUCAACAACGGCACCCUGGGACCGGGGGACACCAUCAUCGUCGACGGCGCGAAGCGCGACCGCGCGGUGUGGCCAGGCGACAUGGGCAUCGCGGUGCCCUCGACCUUCGUGAGCGUGGGCGACCUCGACAGCGUGCGCAACGCGCUGCAGGUCAUGUACGACUACCAGAACAAGGACGGCUCCUUCCCCGAGGCGGGCCCGCCGCUUCUGCAGCAGGGCAGCGACACGUACCACAUGUGGACGAUGAUCGGGACCUACAACUACGUGCUGUACACCAACGACACGGCCUUCCUCGCGCGCAACUGGGGCGGCUACCUCGCCGCCAUGGACUACAUCUACGCCAAGGUGCAGCCCUCGUCCGGCCUGCUCAACGUCACGGGCACGCGCGACUGGGCCCGCUGGCAGACGGGGUUCAACAUGUCCUCGGCGCAGAUGAUCCUCUACCGCACGCUCACCACCGGCGCAGACCUGGCGACCUGGCGAGGGGAGGGAGGGGGCAGCAGCAGCAACACAACCGACCUCCCAGCGCUGUGGACCAGCCGCGCCGCCGCGCUGCAGAACGCCACGCUGGCGCACUGCUUCGACGCGAGCUACGGCGCCUUCAGGGACAACGCGACAGCGACGGCCCUGCACCCGCAAGACGCCAACUCAAUGGCAGUCCUCUUCGGCGUAGUCGGCCCCGACUCCCCGACGGCACGGUCCAUCUCCUCGCGCCUGACGGACAACUGGACGCCCCUGGGUCCCGAGGCGCCCGAGCUCCCCGGCAACAUCAGCCCCUUCAUCUCGUCGUUCGAGCUGCAGGCCCACCUGGCGGCCGGGGAGACGACGCGCGCGCUGGACCUCGUGCGCACCAGCUGGGGGUGGUACCUGGGCAACGAGAACGGCACCCAGAGCACCGUCGUCGAGGGGUACCUCGUGAAUGGCACGUUCGGGUACCGGUGGAGCCGGGGGUACGGCAAUGAUUUCAGUUAUGUCUCGCACGCGCACGGGUGGUCGUCCGGGCCGACGAGCGCGCUGACCGAGUUCGUGCUGGGGCUGAGCGUCACGGCGCGCGUGGGCAGCGAGUGGCUAUUUGCGCCGCAGUUUGGCGGGCUGGGGUUUGCUGAGGGUGGGUUCGUGACGGCGCUGGGUAAGUUCCAGGCCCGGUGGGAUGUGGCGGAGGUUGACGAGGGGGAGGACGGACCUCAGUAUAACGCCAGUGUGAGCACGCCUGCUGGGACGGUGGGGAGGCUGAUCUUGCCUGUUGUGCGGCAGGGGAGCAAGCCUACUGUGGUUGUGGACGGGGAGGAAGUCCAGACCGAGUGGUUUAGGAAGACCGGCGUGGUAUUCGACACGGUUGUUGUUGAGGGCGUGGAGGGUGGUGAGCAUACCAUUGUGGUGAGCUGA